CACGAUUCGUCUUGUACACUACACCAUAAAGUCUGAUCGACUGAAUGAACCGGUCCGGUGAUCGGAUUUUCAUUGAAUGAAAAGGAUUAGCCACUGGACACACAAUCUGGAUAAAAUGAACAUUCCGCAUGAGGACACUGUGAGAGAAGAUGCCCCCUUCAAGCUAACGGUAGAGGAACCGGUGACAUCUAGCUGCAGGGAAGAGGAUUCAUUGACCGCUGAUGCAUCAGACUUGGAGACAAAACCGAACUACUUGGUUGCGUUUCACGUCACGACUGCGGGUAAACAGCAGGAAGAGCACCGAAGUGAUGAAUACCCUGUCGUUCUCAUCACGGCAAAACUAAUCGACCUCGAGAACCCACAGUCCAAAAGUCCAGAAUUCGAAGCCUAUAUUCGCCCAGUACGACAACUGAUAGUAGAAGGUUCGGAUCGAUCUACGGAUGAAGUCACCGGUGAUACAGGCCCAUUAUGUUGUCCCUUUACCCAAUCUGUGAUUGUUGUUCCUCUGACGGAAGAGUGCAGAAUAGCCACUGGACUGACGGAUGCAAUGCUGGCGGAUGCCGGUACGUUAGAAGAUGCCCUUGAACAGUUUGACAGGUGGCUCCAUGUUCAAGGACUUUCAAAUGACGAUAUCGCUACCUUCAAUGCUAAAUUAACGGGUAUGCCACUCAAAUAUGCCGACAAGCAGAGACGUGGAGAGACUACGGAAUUAGCAACCACCGGGUCAGGUUCCCAGUGUCCCCACACACUGUCAACGACCCGGUCGUGUUUCUCCAAAAUAUCCGGAUAUACGCAACCAAUGGUACUUCUGACGGACGGUCCAACAGAUUUACGUCUCCUACUUCAUCCGGAAGCCACAGUACAAUCAGUCGAUCUGACCCGAUUCCCCUACCUUUAUCACUACAUCGAUGUGAAGAAGGAAUAUAAGCGAAUUUUUCAAAAAGGCAGUGGAUCAACCUCUAUAACUGAAAUGCUAACAUACGCUGAACGUUCUAUGGAGUGUUUAACGAACGAGGCUAACCGGAUACCUCAGGAAUGUCAGUCUCGGUCAUUAGAGUCCCUUCCAAUGGAGUCUGAUUCUACCAAGGGUUCGGAGUUUGCAGGUUGCGCUGACAUGGUGUACGAGACGUGUGAAGUAAGUGGUUCUCGUUCCAAUAGAAAUGCACCUUUGCAGCCUAUGGAAGAAAUACGCUUUCCGCCUGCGUUGUCCUCUCGCAGGAGCUUACCGAUACAACAUUGUCGAAAACUUGCAGAGUUGGCCUGUUACAUGACAUCCCAAGUCACUUUGUUCGUGUAUCCUUCAGGUUGCGACUGGAACCACGUGGAAACGAUUCAAAUGUCAUAUCAACCCGCUAUCCUGUGA